AUAAUUAUAUGUUUUAAAAAUGUAAAAGUAUAUAAAUGUAAUGAAUUAUAGUUUUGGACAUAUAUGAAUUAAAGGUGCAAUAGAUAUUUGGUAGAAUAAUUAUUUUGUUAUUCUGUAAAUUCUCGCCCCCUCAACGGCUCUCGCCCCCUCAACGGCGACUACGGUACGGACAUUGUACAGCUCCGUCAUGGCGAGGUCUUUGCUUCUGAUGAGUGCAGAUCCGAGAACCCCCUGAACCACUGAUUCCUCCUGUGUGCUACUCUUUACCAGUUUCUGGAGAGCUUAUAAUAGAUCUGCAAUGUCUGUCCAUCAAACUCUUGACAACUCUUAUCCUUUCAUUGUUGCAACUAUACUAGAAUCUUAGAUCUUCCUCUCCUUAUCUAGAUCCAAGCUCCUAGAAAGGACGUCUCUUUGGUGUGCGGCUUCUGGUUUCUUCUUUGGUCUUUCUGUGAUAACUUUGUCACAAGUUCUUGUCUCUGCAUGUUCUCUCAAGUCCGCUCUCGAGCUUUCUCAAAACGAUGUCUGCAACGCGCGUCUCAAAUCUACAUGGGAACUCAACACAAGAACAGGAUGAAGAAGAUGAUGACCUUGUCAUCUUACCAAACGUCGAUAACUCUCAGCUGAUUGCUCAAUUCAAACUCAAUCUGGUAGGGAGAAUCUUCAACACGGAACGGCGCAACGUCGAGGCUCUCAUCUCUCCACUCCCUCGACCUAACAUUUGGGAUGUGGAAGGAAAGGUAAGAGGUCUGGAUCUAGGCAACCACAGAUUCCAGUUUGAUUUUGAGUCAGAGGCUGACCUCGUUAAAGUCUUAAACAAGAGGCCAUGCCAUUUCAACAAAUGGGCUUUUGCUUUGGAACGGUGGAUUCCUCAUGUCGGCGACACCUUUCCUAAUACCAUGACUUUCUGGAUCUGUGUCAGCGGCAUCCCAACACACUUCUGGAUGGAUCCUAUUUUCGAUUCUCUGGGCAAAAGGCUUGGCAAUGUGGGGCUUAUUGAUGCUAGAGCUGCUAAAGUCCAAGUUGAAAUAAACAUGGAUCGCCCUCUUAGAUUUGCCCUCCGCGCCCAGCUGUCCACAGGUGAGAUCGUCCCGGUAAAGCUUGUUUACUCUAACCUCCACCGCUACUGCAGGCACUGUCGCCAUGUUUCUCAUGAGGUGGAGUCUUGCCCACAACUCUCUGAAGCUGAAAGAACAGAGAAAAGCUAAUGACUGGAGGAAGAUAGGGACCAUCCAAAUUUUAACAGAGUUGAUGCUCAAAGAAAGGGAGAAACCUCUAAGCGCUCAUUACCUCAACCAUUCAAGGACAGACGCAAUGGGGAGGACACUCACGAGGACACCCGAGAUAGCGUUUGGAAACGCAUUGACUCUCGGCAUGAUCCACGAGUUGACCCUCGCCCUCCAAAUAUGAUCACCGACAUGAUAGCAAACAUGUUGAUCGUCAAAGGGAUCCACCUAUCCAUGACUCCUAUAAUAAACGAAGAUAUGAUGAGUCUUUUAUCUCAAGUAAACAAAGGGAGGCAUCACGCAGGGAGAGAGACAAAGGAAAGGACAGAGAAAUCUCACCUAGAAAGACCGACAAUCAGAGCCCAUUCCCGCUGCUGUACCAGCAAGACAAGCUACGAUUUCUCCAGAACUCACCGGAGACAGACCCUUCAGGCUAAACCUCCAAAAGAAAGCCUCCACAGACCUGAAACUAAAAAAAAAAAAUUUAGAUGAAGGUGAGGUUUCAGAUGAGGGAAGUUCUGCUAGGAAAAGCUUAAACUUUGAAGCUCCUUCACACCCACCUUCUGUCGAUCUACCUAUCACACUUGCCAAAGAUUCAUCAAUCAAGGAAACCUUCUAAAAGUUGGUAUGAGAUGACACUAGAAGAGGAGGGUUCUAUGACUGAAGAAGCGAUGAACUCAAAAGCGCCCCCACAGACUUUAAACAACAGUACCUUACCACUCACUGAGAGACUCCUGGAAGAAGAAGACUGGUUGGAUGAUGGGAAUGACUUUGCGGAUGUAUAUGGCAAUGAUUUUGGAGAAGAAGAUAUUGAUUUGAUGGAGGAGGAUGAUCUACUUGGCGAGGAGCUACGGAUUGAGAACGAGAAGCACCUCCAAAUCAACGAUUCUAGAAUCAAAAGGGCUGAUGGAGGAGCAACUCUAGAAAUCACAGACGGCUCUGGCUCGGGCAAGGUGGUUGAAUCCACUGUCGACUCAAAGA